CCCCGCCCCAACUGUUUGCGUGGCCAGGCAACCCCGACCUCACCCAGAUCCGCGACCAAAUUCCAAAGGAACUCAUUUCUGCUGUUCGGCACCCGACUAGGAAAGAAGGCGAGAGAAACAAAGCCGCCGCCUCCAGCUCCCAGUGCAGGAAUCUCUGUUGGAAGAGAUGGCGAUGAGUCUGGCCCCUUUGUUGUUGGUCUUCAUGCUGGGUCUGGUUAGCAUCCCACCAACUCUGGCUCAGGAUGACUCCAGGUUCACAAAAUUCCUAACUCAGCAUUACGAUGCCAGGCCAACAGGCCGUGACGACAGGUACUGUGAAAGGAUGAUGAGGAGACGAGAGUUGACCCGGCCCUGCAAAGCUGUCAACACCUUUAUCCACAGCACGAAGGACAGCAUCAAGGCCAUCUGUGGAGCGAAUGGAGAGCCUUACAGAGGAAACUUAAGAAUAAGCAAGUCUCCCUUCCAGGUCACCACCUGCACGCAUAAUGGAGGGUCGCCCCGCCCCCCAUGCCGGUACCGAGCUUCCUCGGGGUCCAGAGACAUUGUUGUCGGCUGUGAAGAUGGCUUGCCUGUUCACUUCGAUGAGUCGUUUGUCCAUCUGUAGUCAGCAGAUCCCUGGUGCAGACCUGGCUCUGCUUUCUUUUUCAUAGCUCAUAAUAAUGGUGGCGACAUUCACUGUCGGGGGCCAGAAAAUGAGCUUCCUGAAGCAUACUCCUGAUUACAGUGCACAUAAAUAAAGGUGUCU